CUGACUAUCUGUGCUCACACCUGACAGAGGGGCCACAUCGCGUGGUGGCACACUUCUACGCCAGGCAGCUGACCCUGGAGGAGCUGCAUACCAUCGAGAUCAGCGCGGUGCAUUCCCGAGACCACGGGCUGGAG